AAAAGAAAAAAAAAUAGUAUUGAAGAACAGACGGAAAAUAAAGCUUUAAUCUUGGCAAUUAAAUCUUGUGCUAGGGCAACUAAUUUAGCUUCUUCUACUUCAUCUAUGAAGACUCCUACAUGACGUACUAUACGCUGUUUGACGUUACCUUUACUAUCACGAUAACCUUCUACUAUUUGAAUAGAUUGCCUUGGACUAUUAGGAGUUUUUUUACGACCCCGUGCUGCUCGUUGUUCUAAUGUUGUCAAAGAAGUUGAUAAGAUUAAGAAGCAGCGAGAAGAAAGACGGGCUCGGCAAGCAGAAAGAAAAGCUGAACAGUAAGGAGAUCCUGGGAACCCUAAUUAUGAAUUUCUGAGUAUGAUCAAAGAUUAUUGUAGCCAACUUGACUACAAACCAAUCAAUAUAACUGAUCCAAUACAUUCUCUUCAAAUAUGUGUCGCAGUUAGAAAAAGGCCUAUGAACAAAAAAGAAUCAAUGAAAAGAGAAGUGGAUGUUAUUACUGUUCCUAACAAAGAACAUAUAGUUGUCCAUGAGCCUAGAACUAAAGUAGAUUUAACCAAAUACUUAGAAAACCAGUUAUUCAGGUUUGAUUAUGCAUUUGAUGAGAAUGCAGAUAAUGAAAUUGUAUAUAGGUUUACUGCAAGACCAUUGGUCCAAACUCUUUUUGAAGGUGGAAUGGCUACUUGCUUUGCGUAUGGUCAAACUGGUAGUGGAAAAACUCAUACAAUGGCUGGAGAUUUCAUUACAAAAUCUUCACAAGAUUGCAGCAAAGGAAUAUAUGCUUUAUCCACUCGUGAAGUGUUCAGUCUGUUGAAGAGUCCACAGUACAUGCAUGAAGGUCUUUCAGUAAAUUGUAGUUUCUUUGAAAUAUACAGUGGAAAAGUAUUUGAUCUCUUCAAUAAUAAAUCAAAGUUGAGAGUUCUAGAGGAUGGCAAGCAGCAAGUUCAAAUUGUAGGCUUAAGAGAAAGAGUAGUCCAUUCUGUUGAAAAUGUACUAGAGCUAAUAACUCAUGGAAAUAGUGUAAGGACUUCUGGACAAACUUCAGCGAAUCAACAUUCCUCUAGGUCUCAUGCAGUCUUUCAAAUAAUAUUAAAGAAGCCUAAUGGACGAUUGCAUGGGAAGUUCUCUCUAAUUGAUUUAGCUGGCAAUGAACGUGGUGCUGACACAUCCAGCGCAAAUAGGCAGACGCGAAUAGAAGGUGCUGAAAUCAGUAAAAGUUUACUUGCAUUAAAAGAGUGCAUAAGAGCCCUAGGUAGGAAAGGUGCCCAUCUACCAUUCCGUGCUAGCAAAUUAACUCAGGUUCUCAAAGAUUCUUUUAUUGGAGAAGACUCUCGAACGUGUAUGAUUGCAAUGAUUUCUCCUGGUAUGAACUCUUGUGAACAUUCCUUAAACACUCUUCGCUAUGCUGAUCGAGUUAAAGAAUUAGGUGCUGAAAAUCCAGAAUUAAAAAAUUGUAAUGGUGAUGAGCAAAACAAUCAAAAUGAUGAUCUUGCCCUUCUCUGUUCUGCUAAUGAAGGCGAACUUUCUGCAGAUCUUUAUUCAUUUCAUGAGGCUAUUUCUCAUGUACAAGAAAUGGAAGAAGAGGUCCUAGAUUCUCAUAAAGCUGUGAUAGAAGCUUCUGAAAAGUGGUUCAAUCGUGACAACUUAUUGCUUGCUAUGUCCAAUGAUGUUGAUUAUGAUGUUGACUGUGAGUAUUGUAUUUUGUUUAAGUUUAAAUUGCCUAGUUCAUUAUGAAAUAAAAUUUAUUUU